UGUUAACCCUUUCACGUAUAACGGUCACUACAGUGGACAAAUCUUCAAAGGUCAUUUUCUAUUAUAAAAAUAGAGGUUUGAUGUUACAAAUGCAUGUUAGCCACUACAGUAGACCCUGGAAAAUGAGUCCAACACUGGUGCCAUGUGGCCAUGUGUUGCAACUGCAGAAAAAACACGUCAACAUUCAAGAUGGCUGCCUCUGCUGAGAACAGACCCUCCACCUCUGGGAUUUCCACUGCUUCCUUUUAUAAAAGCAGAGCCCUGCAGGUAAAAAAAAUAUUUUGGGAUAAAGUAACAUCUAAUAAUUACUAUAGUUGCAAAAAAUUCCAUGCAUUGCUUUUAUGUUCUGAGGAAAUUGGAAUUUUCCAUUUGUCCACUACGGUGGACAGCAUGCAUGACUUAUACUAUUUCUACUACAAUACAUGCAAAUGGUGUAACUCCUUAUCUCUGCAAAAUGCUUGAUUUCAAGCUUACCUUUUCAGUUAAAACCAACCAUUUUAUGUUAUUAAAAGGUAACCUGUAUUGUUUGAUUUCAAGCUUACCUUUUCAGUUAAAACCAACCAUUUUAUGUUAUUAAAAGGUAACCUGUAUUGUAUGUAUCAAAAAAUUAAUGUUGUGCAUGUAUUUUAUAUUUUGUGCAUGCAUAGUAUAUAUUGUAUUUUGUGCAGCCUUUGUGCAAGUUUUGCAAUGUUUAUAAAACAUUUUUUGCAAAAAUAUAUUUUGUGCACGCAUUGUAACACACACACACACACACACACACACACACACACACACACACACACACACACACACACACACACACACACACACACACUACUAACAGUGCAUGCACAAAAUAUUAUAAAAACAAUGGAAAAAAUAUAUAUACAUAUAUAAGAUAAAUAGAAAGAAAGAUUGAUUGGUUGUGCAAUAUUUUUCACAUUAUGUUAUUUAUUAUAUGCAGGGUUCACACACAGAGAGGGACCAGAGGAAGUACAGAAAUGUAGAGGAACUGCCAUCGUCCAGCGAUGCAAUAUCACUGUGUGCCUUCUUUUCAAAUGUGAACUAAUGUAGUACAGGGCAUCGACAACUGAAUGUGUUUGGAUAGUCACUAAGGCACUAUUUCUUUUAUUAUUGUAAUUAUUAUUUUCAUAAAUGAUCCAAUCUAUGGCAUUUGUUUUUGCUUUGAGUGUGCUGGCUGAAGUUGUAGCACCUGGCCUGAAGCCUAAUUAGGCUCAUGGUUUCAGUUCGUUUGACACAGUUGACAGUUGUUGUUGCUGUUGUUUGACACAAGCCAUGUUUUGAAAUGUGCAUUUAAACAGAAUUUAAAUGUUUUAAAAUGUGAAUCUAAUUGUUUUGACUCCUUUUUGGGGUGGGGUUCUAUUAUUUGUAUUAAUACAAUUCAUUUUCUGUAAUGUCGUCCAAAUGCAUGUUGUCCGCUUUAGUGGACAUGUCACUAAAAACUUAGCAGAAACAGGUAAAAAAAAAAUUCCAACUGCAAUAUUAUUUAUAUGCCUUAUAUUGAAUAAAAACACAUAGUAAGAAUUUUUUAACUCAAUAUAUCAUAAUUCAUGCAUGAAAGGGUUAAUAACGCUAUCAUUUCAAUACGGCUUUUGUGUGUGUGUGUGUGUGUGUGUGUGUGUGUGUGUGUGUGUGUCCCUCCCACAGUGUCUGAGCAGCUGAUGGGAACCAGUAGGAGCUGUAAAUCCUCCCAGUUUGGAGCUGACAGCUGCUGGGAGUCUUUUUCUGGUUCAGUAAAAAAACAUCCGUCUUGCUUCCUCUUUAAUCACCAUUUUAAUUUAAAGGUUUUCUUUGUUUUAUUUUAAUAGAUUAAUCUAACCACGUCUGCAGUACACUGAAUUUUCGUGUUUUUAUCUCAUCUCAGUUAAGAUCAUAUUUUUAAAAAACUUCUCCUUCCACAGUUUGAUUCAUGAGAUUGAUUUUUAUUAUUUUAUUUAAUAGAAAAAGUGUUGAAAAGUGUUCGUGAGCAAUAUAACAGUGUAUUAUUCAAAUGGCGAGUUAAUAAGCUUUGUACAUUAAAAGCAAAUCUUUAUUCACUGACACCAAAAUGAACUUAAAGUGAUAAUAACCUUCGAAUUACAUGAUUAUUUGAACAAUGAACCUUCAUCAGCACACUUCACUUUGUUUACUCCAGGCUGUUUUUCCACGUCUGUAUCCUAAUAGUUUUUAUAUAGAGAAUAAAUAAAUAUCUUUAUUUACAGUCGGUGAAAAACUGACCAGACGAGACGAGACAUCAGCUGUUAGAGACUACAGCUGAGUCAGAGGAAACCAGGACCAGCAGAGAAACCCCCUAAUCUGGUUUUACUCAGCCUUUGUUGUCUCAGGUAUUUAUGAAGAUCUGGACUUUUCUGGUUUUAGUCUCUCUAUAAAUAUCACACAGAUCUGUGAAAACUAGACUUUGUCUCCUGAUGGACGAGGACGCUGCGUUCAUAAAGUCAGUCAUAUGUUUUAUUUUAGGGCUGAUAAUGAUGGAUAUUUAAAUCUGUCUCUUACUCUGUCAGUGACAAACUCAGGUUCAGACCAAAACCUUUAAAAACAUUUAUAAAAACUUAAACUAUCAUCUUAAAGUUUAAACAAAGAUUUUAAAAGACAAAGAACUUAAACUAGAGAAAACCGACCAUUUUGUUUAAACAGCUGUUAUUUCACAGCAGAAUAAACACUAGAAAUUAACUAUAGAGUCUAAUCAAUAAUAAAUGUAACAGAGAGCUUCACUGACAAGUUUUUAAAGAAACAAAAUCAAUCUUACAAUAUUUUAGAUACUCGAUAUGUCUGAAAUAUCCUCAGAGUUUGGAGAGUUAAAGCUCCUGUCAGGAACGUUCAGGUUGUUGGGAUCGUUUUUGAUUUUGACUCGUGUUUUCAUAAAGUUCGUCUCUUUUCUCUCUUAUUGUUUUAUUUGCUGUUGUUGGUCAUAGAAAAAAACAUCAGCGGCCAUUUUAAACGGAGUUAUUAGCAGUUAAAAAAAUCCUCACAGGAGCUUUAAUAUCAGUCAGUUCUUCAUCCUCCUCCGUGAUGAAGAUAAAUCAGAGUAAAAACACAAACGCUGGUUUCAUCAGGACUCAGAUCUGUGAGGGUCUCUGAUCGUCCGAAGACUCUUCUACAAAAAUCCUGGAGUGUUUGUUUCAGGAUCAGCUGCUGCCAUCGGUAUUCAACCCACAGCUUCUGAAGACAACUGCUACUGACACACACACACACACACACACACACACACACACACACUGAACCAUCACCUAUAAAGAGACCAGAGAGCUGCUGGUGUUUCCAUUUGUCUCUGAAUCUGCAGGAGGACUCAGCUGCCGUCAGGAUGUCUGCAGAGUGAGUCCUCAUCUGAACUCUUUAAACUUCUAAAGAUCCGAACUUUAAGACGAACUCUUCAUCAUUUUACAUUUUUCUUUUCUUCUUUCUUUAAAGGAAAAAGAUGUCGUCCAGCCGGAGGAACCAGCUCAAGGUAAAAUAACGGCCCUGAGUCUCAUUUCUCUUGUUUAGUUGGUUUGAAUGUUAAAGUGAAAAAACGGCAAAAAAUGAGGAACAGCUGCAGCUGCUGAUCCUGCGAACAGUGACGGUAAAGAGGACUCUGUGGGAGUUUUCUGUUUCAGAUCUUUGAUAAAGUUUAAGAAGGAUUGAAGGAGAUCACCAAACUUCAGAUUUGAGGAGCAGUUAUAAGUUGUGUUGAGUCGUUCGCAAACGAUUCGUUCAAAAGAACCGAAUCUUGUAAGUGAAGUACUGAACAGAAUCACUUCCUCAAGUGAUUCGUUCAUUUCUCAGUUCAGUUGAGCCGUCAGCAGUGCAGCAGGUUUGGCACGCAGCAUUGCCAGGCGAGCAGACAGGGAACAAGGGACCGCAUACACCGGUGACUGAAUCACGUCACGCAUUGAACUACACGCUUUGGAAUAGCAGUAGUGCGUUAAACCCGCAGCAUCCUGUCAUUGCAGCGAGGGAACGGUUCAUGUUCAGUGUGAAUUCUUCUAGACGUUCAGUGAACGAAUCACUCACUGACCCCAUCAUGACUUAUAGACAAGUUACAGUUUUAAAAAACCUGUUUGCCAAAGCAACACAGACACUCUCGUCUCCUGGUCCCAGAAACCGUGAAUUGAACUGAAUCCUGAACGAUCAGCUGUUUAUCAGUUCAGGAGGUCGGGGUCACAGGCUCCUCCUGCCAAGAGCUGAAUGAUUUGGUGAUUCGGUGAAUGAAUCUUUUGAACGAAUCUUUUUAGUGAACUGAUUCGAGUGAUUCAGUACAUCUAAAAGAACUGCUGUGCCCGUCAUUAUUAAUAAGGCGUUAAGGUUUAAAUGUCCGAGGAGGUUUAAUCUCAUCCUGUUCAGAUUUUACUUCCCAUCACAUCCUGCUCACUUCGCUUCACCUUAAAGUCACGGUUCGGUUCACGUCCAAAAUCUCCAAACCUUAGAUCUAGAUGAAACUGUUUUAGCGUCAGUGUUUAUGACCCCUAAUCCUCUGUUAUAUAAAAAUCAAAGUAUUUGUUGGGAUCUGUUGGACCAUCCUGACCUUUCCUCCAUAAAUAGGAGGAAUCGAGUUCUCCUCCACGAGUUUUCUUUGAGCUUCACCCUCGGGUUAAAGAGUCAACACUGAAAACAUGACUGUGUUUGUGCUGAGUCAUCCUCCUCCUCCUCUCUUCCAGAGUUUACUGCUGCAGAUCGGGGAGGCCAUGUUGGAGGAGGAGGCUCGUGAAGCAGAGCAGGAGAAGGACCAGUACAUGGAGGAGAGCUGUCCUCCUCUCUCCAUCCCAAACUGCAUGCAGGAGCUGCAGGUGAACCUUAAACAUCCAGAGAAGAUUAGAUUAAAGGUCAUAAAGGUUACGAGAAGAGCAGCGUUAUGAAAGCUCACCCUGAUCCUCUCUCUGUUCCUGUCCAUCAUGACUCCAGGAACUCUGCCGCAAAGUCCACAAGCAGAUCGAUCUGGUGGACGAUGAGCGAUACGACAUGGAGAUGAAAAUGAAAAAGUCCAACAAGGAGGUGCGUCACACCAGUCAUAUGUUUUCUUUUCUUGUUGGGAUGAAGCUCUUCUGUUUGGGUCCAGAUCUUCAAAGUUUCCUAAGAUAACCCAGGUGAUGUAAGACAUUAAAUAUCUGUGUUCUCCAUUAGAUCGACGACCUGAAGCUGAUGGUUCGGGACCUUGGAGGAAAGUUCAAGAAGCCGGCGCUGAAGAAAGUCCGGAUGUCCGCUGACGCCAUGCUGGCCGCUCUGCUGGGCUCCAAACAUAAAGUGUCCAUGGACCUGAGAGCCAACCUGAAGCAGGUCAAGAAGGAGGUCAAAGAGGAGGUGGGUGCUGCCGACUCUCUGACAUCUGGAACUUUCAGAUACGAGUGAUUUUAAUCGUUUCUCUCUCGUGUGUUUGAUUCAGGAGGUAAAAACAGGAAACUGGAGGAAGAACAUCGAAGACAAAGCCGGUAUGGACGGCAGGAAGAAGAUGUUUGAAACAGAAGCUUGAAGACCUCGAACUCUUUCAUGUCUGUGUUUUCUGUGAGUCUAUUUGUAAUAAACUAUAAACAGAAUAAAUGAUGUGGUGAUUUUGUGUCUUCAUGUCGAUCAUUUUUAAAAACAUGAAACUUGAUGUAGACACAGGUGAGGAGUGAGUUUAUGGAUUAAAUAAGAACAAAAUGAAUUAUUUCAGGAGUACAAACAUUAACAGUUUUAUAGUUUUGUUGUAGUGAAAUAUGAGCUGCAUUAAAAAAUUUAACUGUUUUAACCUCAUUUGUGGACAUAGCAGUGAAUCGUGUUUAUAUAUAUUAUAUUUUGAGUUUAUUCGUCUCUAAUUUCUCCAUUUUCUGAAUCUUUUAGUUAUACGAUAAACUUUAGAUCUGUGUAAAUCUG